AUGACGUGCGAGCGCCUCUGUUUCUGUAGAGCAUGUACCGCAAGGUUUCAGGUGGACGUCGGCCGCUUCACUUUGAUGGGACCGCUCCUACGGCAGACCUUCACCUGUGUCAGUGGCCGCACCUGUGCAGUCAAUGACUUCGGUGUUUGGCAUCCGCGCGCGCAAGAUCGUUUGAUGAUUUUGGACACUUGUGGAACCGAAGACGCAUGGCCCCAGAUCACCAUGCCUGCCAGAUCUGUGGCGACGUUUGUGAAUCAUCCUGGCUUGACCGCAUUUUCCACCGGACCGAAUGUGGUCUUCCUUAGUGGUGGAGCGUAUCGCCUUUGCUGGAGCGGAGUCGCCCUCCAAGAUGCCAAUCUGUCAACGUUCUCUGACAGCUCCCAGAACUUCAACAUUGAUGCCGGCGUGCUUCAUCUUAUCGGUCCAGCACCUCUGACGCAAGACCGAACUUGCAUAAGCGGGGAGACCUGCUCUAUUCGUGACAUCAGAGGGCUCUUUGCAUCUGACAGCUGGAUGGUCAUGGUGCUUGAUACCUGCAGGUCUCAGUCCAACUUCACGCAAAACUCGAUCAUACCAGGCUUUCCGAACUCGGGUUUGGCACAUACUGUUGUGGAUGUGAGGCUGCAGAAUCUCAGCCAGAACAACCUCAGCACAUUCAACGCAAGUGACGCCAGUGACUUCCACAACUUGCUGCCCGAAGGCCUCACAUUCUCCUGGGGCAGCUCACCGGUGACAGCAUCUGGAGGUAUCUAUCGGCUGUGUUGGUGCGCAGGGCCUCCGGGUCUGCCAUUGCCGGGGAACCGAACAGGGAACCAGACGGAGCGGUCGGAGGGGUCAGAGAGCUGCGAUUUCCUGGACAUGGGCCGCCUAAUGCUUGUGGGCCCAGUGUUCUCGCAGACAGGCACAGCGAGCACCUGCAUCAGUGGGCAGACGUGCAGCUUGCGCGGCCUACGGAGAGUUCCCACGGAUACUCCGGGACAACUGCUGGUCAUGGACACUUGCGGUAGCUUUGGUGCGCUUCUCCCUCGGUUCGGCUUUACCACUUCUGCCACUUCCGAGCGAAACUCGCCCAUCCAGUGGGAUGUCCCGAUUACAGCUUUGGGAGGCCAGUAUCGGCUCUGCUGGUGUGCCCUGCAGAACAGGAGCCUCGGUAGUGCGAACUGGACCUUCGCACCUGCUGAAGUUCGAUGUGACAUGGAUGACUUCCUUGCAGACAUCGGAGCCUUGCAUUUGCUUGGUCCUGAACGCCGCAUUACACGGACUUGCAUCAGUGGAUGGACAUGCCAAUUUCAGCUGUCUGCCGGAGUUGCAUCCCUGGACAGCCUCAUGCUAUUGGAGACAUGUGGAGUUGACGAGGCAGUCGUGCAUCGUGUGCCAGGUGCAGGAGCUGCCACUGUUUUUGGAAGUGGCUCAAUUGUGAGUUGGGGUGAUGCACUGCUCACGGCUCCUGGGGGCCUGUACCGACUUUGUUGGUGCCGCAUGCUGGGCGGCAAUGUGACUGUUAACCAGAGCCGGCAAGGCCAGUGUGCACUACCGCAGGAUCAUCGCGUAGAUGCUGGCUCAGUACUGCUUGUGGGCCCGAGCCCCUUGCAGCAGGACAGGACGUGCAUUGCAGGUCGAACUUGUAGCACAGAGCGAAUUUAUGGAGAGAGCCUCGGCCCGACCGACAGCCUUCAGCUCCUUGCGACCUGCGGCGUACCAGAGGGUACAAUCCCUCGCUUCCCCCUGAACGGCCUGAUCGUCUCUGACGUAAACUCGUCUCAGCUGCCCAGUGGCAUGGCAGUGCAAGCCGGGUUCGAGUCCAACAUUGUCUCUGCCCCUGGUGGCCUUUACAGACUUUGCUGGUGCAGCGGCUUGACGCCAUCCACAUGUGUGCACGCCACCGAUUUCCAAACCGACUUGGGUGUCAUGACUAUUCUGGGCGUUAGUCCUCAGCAGCAGGACCGAACGUGCAUCAGCGGCAGGGUAUGUUCUGUGGAUCCUCUCUUGGGGCUUGGAUUGAGUAUCUCUGACAGCUACAUGAUUUUGGGCACCUGUGGCCAGCCUACGACUCUUACGACUCCUGGAGUUGGGCAGAGCUUCGGCUCGCUUCCCAAGAUCACUUGGACCGAGGUGCUAACUGCAGCUGGUGGCGAGUAUCGCUUGUGCUGGUGCUCUGGACUCCCUUCCGCACACACAGUGCAAGGCAACACCUCCAACACGUCAGUUGUGGUGGAAAGCUUCAGGAACAACACGGAUGGGCCUUGUUCAGUGUCUUGGGACUUCGGCAUCGAUGCCGGCAGGCUUCUCCUGCUGGGGCCUGCACCUCUUUCUCAGCGAAGUACAUGUGCAGCGGGUCAGGCAUGCGUCAUCAACAUUGCUGGGAUCGGGCUGGCGUCUGCAGAUCUGGUCAUGGUACAGGAGACCUGUGGCCAGCCUCUUGCCCUCACUCCAUUCACGGGCCCCAGUAGCUUACAGCUCGCUUCAUACAACAUCAGCACCAACUCCUCUGUUGCGGCUUCCUAA